AAUCGCGGUACUUGGUUUAGAACUCUCGCGAGGGGACAACGUGACUUCCACUGGAGAGGAAGAGAGAUGGAGAGAGAUGAGGUCUGAAAAGGACCAAAUGCCCAGAGGCAGGGAGAGAAGUGUCGUCGAGAUACAAUUUAGAGAUAUUCCGAGGGAACAUGACGCCGUCUUUGUCAACUCGAAGCAGAAAGAAGAGAAGAAGGAGGUAUUUACUAAGGUAGUAAUAAGGCGACUUCCACCCAACCUAUCCAAGGACCAGCUGGAAGAACAGCUCAGUCCUCUUCCAUCCUUUGACUACUUUGAGUUCUUCCCUGCAGAUCAAAGCCUCUACCCACACUUGUUCUCCAGAGCUUACAUCAACUUCAAAAACCCAGAGGACAUCCUGCUCUUCAGAGACCGCUUUGAUGGCUAUGUUUUCAUUGAUAACAAAGGCCAGGAGUACCCAGCUGUGGUAGAGUUUGCGCCCUUUCAGAAAGUAUCCAAGAAGAAACUCAAAAAGAAAGAUGCCAAAGCUGGAAGCAUUGAAGAAGACCCAGAGUACUGUCGGUUUCUGGAGAACUACUCCUGUGAUGAGAAGUCCAUGGCCAACCCUGAAACCCUGCUCGGAGAGAUCGAGGCCAAGACAAGGGAACUCAUAGCCAAAAGAACAACACCUCUUCUGGAGUACAUCAAGAAUAAGAAACUUGAGAAGCAGAGGAUAAGAGAGGAAAAGAGAGAGGAGCGCCGACGCAGGGAGAUGGAGAAGAAACGCCAGAGGGAGGAGGAGAAAAGGAAGCGGAGGGAGGAGGAGAGACGCAAACGCAAGGAGGCGGAUAAACUGAAGAAGCUGUCGGAGAAGGAGAUCAAGAUAAAGCUCCUAAAGAAGAGUGACCGGGACGAUGACAUGGACUCUGACAGGCUCAAGGACAAAGGGGACAGUGGGGAUACGGAGAGGGCCAAGUGGGACAAACCCAGUGGACAAAUGAAGUUCAAGGAAGCCAAGGACAAGGGUCAGAUAGAUGGCGAUAAGGGAGAACAUGGCCGCAGGCAGAGAGACAAAGACCACAGAGGAAGAGACGAGGAGAGGAAACGACAGCGCCACCACUAUGAGUUUGACAAGUUCAUACGGCGCAAGGAGGAGACCAAGUGGGGCAAAGGCUACUGCCAGGACCGGGCCAAGAAAGAUGGCCACCACCACGGCUCCUACUCCUACUGCCCCAGUACGGGCGACAAGGUGGGUAAGGAGGACAGGGAGGGCAUUGGCGCUAGCAGGAAGGACUGCACCUGGAACAAGGUGAGCGACAAGUCUGUGUUAGCCCAUCAGGACAGAGGGACGUCCCAGUCAGAGGGGCCACACCAGAUAGGAGGGGCUCUGCCAAACAAGGACCGACCGGCCAUGCAGCUCUACCAACCUGGCACUCGCAAAUGCAUGGGCUCAGCGAGCAAAGGUUACGAGCUCCCCAGCGGCCAGUCGCCAGAACACGUUGCGGCAGAUCACUGCUAUGAGGCCAUCGCCAUGGGAACAGGCUCGGAAAAGAGUAGUGAAGAUUAGUCCAGUCCGUAGUCCGCUCUGAUAUUCCUUUCACAUUCUUGAUGCGUAUUGGGCUGCCAGAUUGUAGGUUUGUGCAUUACUAAACAACACGGCUUUGGGGUUGAUGGAGCUGCACUCACAGGUCACAUCAUUUGAACUUUCCGACACUUCUGCAUCAAAACCUUUGCGCAAAUAAUGUGAAAGGCUUUUAAGAUUGGCCCGCCCCGACAGGAGGAAGAGGGUAACAAAAAUCAAACAUUCCCAGAACAUAAUGGAAACAUUUUCAUUGUGUUCCCAUUUGGUUGUAUACUGUACAUCACAAGAGAAUGUUCUCUAAGCAUGAUGGGACCGAAGUUAUAGACAUUUACAUUUACGUCAUUUAGCAGAUGCUCUUAUCCAGAGCGACUUACAACUUGGUGCAUUCACCUUAUGAUAUCCAGUGGAAGAUGUUUGUUUCUUACCUGUGUGUUAUUCCCAUGUUGUGUCACCCUUGGGUAAUGACCUCCAUUCAUGAUGCUUUUUUUUUUUUACACUAUAUGUACAGUUGUUUCAUGACAGGAUACUUCAUCCGUGGUGUUUACACGUCUGGUACAUUCACUCAUUUCAGAAACCACUGCCUGAUAACAGUUAUAUAUACAUAUAUAUUAUAGUUAUAUUUUGUAUAUUCCACAUGAGACAUUGUGUCAUUGUUUUAAUGAGAGUGUACCUGAGGCAGCACAUUAUAAGCCAGUUUCCCGGACACAGAUUACGCCUAGUCCUGGAAUAAAAAGCAUGGUCAAGGGAGAAGCUUUUUAGUCCAGGGCUAAAAUGUAUCUGUGUAAUGUAAUCUUCCCUUAUGUGUCUGUCUCUACUAAGGAAUACCUCAUCAAGUGAGAUCAUAUUUAUAAGCCUUUUUAGUGAUUCCAUUUGACUGGGAUGUUUUUCAAAGAAAGUCUAUAGAUUUUAUCACAAAUAAAUUAUAUGAAGUAGUGAGAAUUAUAUUUAAGAUAUUCAAAAUGUAUUUGCAGUGUUGGAUGUAGAACCUUUAGAAUAUAUUAAGCAAAUAAUUGUGUGUGCGUAUGUGCAUGUGUGUUUCAGCGUUUGAGUGUGUGAUAGGAGAUGAGGAAAAUGUUUAGGUUGUCAACAAUAUGCUUUGUCAAUUGUUCCCUUGUGUAAUGUGACUUAUGAAAAUCCUUACAUCGUGUUUCUAGUUGUCAUAGACAGUAGCUUUUUGUGUUAGGAAACAUAAGGUGACGUGAACUGUCUUAUAAAGCAGUAUUUCACACUUGAGCCAAGAAGAACAUAAUUAUUCAUCAUGGAUUUAGGGCCCAGAGUUUUUCCUGGUCCGGUUACAUGAUCAACAAAAACUCCUGCCACUUAAAUGUCAUGAUGAAAAGGAGGCAAAAUAACAUUAAAGGUGCUGAGUUUGAUGCUGUUGAAAGUCUCUACAUUUUCUAAACUGUUUGCACGGUUUUCUACCAAAUUGUGAACUGUUGGAUUCAGCUGAUGCCUGAACUGCAGUAUGUUAUGCUAUAGAUAUGUGUAACAUGCCUUAGAUAUUUUUUGCACAUGACAGUAAAAUCACAUUCUUGUUAAGACACUUUCCUUCUGUUUUGUUAGUUUUCAUGAAGAGAUUUGAAAAAAAAGUUAAAUAAAACUAUCCAAUAGAGGUU